AUGUGGCGCAUCCUGGGCCGCGGCACGGUCGGUGGUGGCCUGGUGGUCGGCACCAUUAUUAAGCCCAAGCUCGGCUUGCAGCCGAAGCCCUUCGGCCAGGCGUGCUAUGGCUUCUGGCAGGGCGGCGACUUCAUCAAGAACGACGAGCCGCAGGGCAACCAGACGUUCUGCCAAAUGAACGAGUGCAUCCCCGAAGUCGUGAAGGCCAUGCGCGCGGCCCAGGAGGAAACGGGCCAGGGCAAGCUGUUCUCCGCCAACAUUACGGCGGACGACCCGAACGAGAUGAUCGCGCGUGCCAAGUACAUCCUGAAUCAGAUGGGCCCGAUGGCGGAGAAUUGCGCCUUCUUGGUCGACGGAUACGUGGCUGGCGGCACUGCGGUGACCGUUGCGCGCCGUAACUUCCCGAAGCAGUUCCUGCACUACCACCGCGCUGGCCACGGCGCAGUGACCAGCCCUCAGACGCAGCGUGGGUACACCGCCUUCGUGCACACCAAGCUGUCGCGCGUCAUCGGUGCCAGCGGCAUCCACACGGGCACGAUGAGCUUCGGCAAGAUGGAGGGCGAUGCUUCUGACAAGAACAUCGGCUUCAUGCUGCAGGACGACGUGGCCGACGGCCCGUACUACCGCCAGGAGUGGGAGGGCAUGAAGCAGACCACUCCGAUCAUCUCCGGUGGCAUGAACGCCCUGCGGUUGCCUGCGUUCUUCGAGAACCUGGGCCACUCGAACGUGAUCCUGACGGCCGGCGGUGGGGCGUUCGGCCACAAGGACGGGCCGAAGCAGGGCGCGAUCUCGUGCGCCCAGGGCGAGGAGUCGUGGAAGUUGUGGAAGGCAGGCACCUACGGCGACGUGAGCCUGUCGGACGGCGUCGUCGAGUACGCGAAGACGCACGAGGAGCUCAAGGGCGCGUUCUUGACCUUCCAGAAGGAUGCGGACCAGAUCUACCCGGGCUGGAAGGAGAAGCUCGGCUACACGGGCGAGUCCUCCGUCCAGGCGGCCAGCUUCAACUGGCAGAAGAAGGAACUGAGCUGA